CCCGGAAACUGCGCAUGCGCACGAGAGACCGAGAAGCCUUUUCCCGUCUUUAGUCAGUCAGUGAAUCGGCCAGCCAGUGGCUCUUCGCUUCUUUGCCGGCUUCUUUCGCUCCCAAUCACCUUCGGGCCUUCGCUCCUCUUUCCUUCAUGGCUCAGCUCUGCUACAACCGAGGCUGCGGGCAGCGCUUCGACCCUGAAACCAACCGGGAAGAUUCCUGCACAUAUCACCCAGGAGUACCAGUCUUCCAUGAUGCUCUUAAAGGUUGGUCAUGCUGUAAAAGAAGAACUACUGACUUCUCCGACUUUUUAAGCAUUGUGGGUUGCACCAAGGGCUUCCAUAACAGUGAAAAGCCCCCUGAACCUAUUAAACCUGAAGUUAAAACUACCUCUGAACCAAAAGAAUUGAACUUGAAACCUAAAUUUCAAGAACACAUAAUUCAGGCACCAAAGCCAGUGGAAGCUAUUCAAAGACCAAGCCCAGAUGAGCCGAUGAGUUGUUUGCAGCUGAAAGUUUCAGCUUCCCUGAAACAAGUAUUGGAGAAACUGAAAUUGUCAACGGGAAAUGAAAUAAAAGAAGAAGAAGAUAGUGAUGAGAUAAAGAUUGGGACUACAUGUAAAAAUGCAGGAUGUGCAAAGACAUUUGAAGGACCACACAGCAUGGAAGAAACAUGUACAUACCACAUGGGCGUACCUAUAUUUCAUGAAGGGAUGAAAUACUGGAGCUGUUGUAAGAGGAAAACAUCAGACUUCAAUACUUUCUUGUCUCAAGAGGGUUGCAGUACAGGAACACAUGUGUGGAUUAAGAAAGAUGCCAAAAAAGUGAUUCCAUGCAGGCAUGAUUGGCAUCAGACUGGAGGUGAAGUGACCAUUUCAAUCUAUGCUAAGAAUUCAGUUCCUGAAUUUAGCUAUGUAGAAGCAAAUAGUACUAAGCUAAAUAUCCAUAUUGUAUUUGAAGGUGAUAAGGAAUUUAAUCAGAAUCUCAGUUUAUGGGGGGUGAUCGAUGUGAAAAGGAGUUAUGUAAAUAUGACAGCGACAAAGAUUGAACUCACUAUGCGGAAAGCUGAGCCCAUGUUAUGGGCAGGCUUAGAAUUUCCAGUGUCAAAAAUAAAAGAAAAACAGCAGCAGAACAUUGCAGAACAAGCUUGAAAUCUGAAAAAAGGUUGUUGCUUCUGAAGUGGUGACUUGAAAUUAUAAUACAAAUUAUUUUAUAUGUAAUUGCUUUUUUUCUUUUUGAAAUUCUGCAUUCCAAAGAUGGUUAGAGUGCUAUGUUUUUCAAUAGGGUAACAGAUCACUUGUUUUGUUGUACUGAUCCUUAUCAGCCCAAGGCUUUGUGAACUUCAGUCUUUGGGCAGUCACUUGUCUAUGUAAGAGAUCUCUGGCUUCCAGUUGUCCAAGAUAGAUAUACCUUCAAUAACAAUUUUUGAAAAAUCCUAUAUGGUGGCAUUAAAACAAACUUGCUCAACUUACUUCCAUACUUCGAGAACUUGUGCCUUAGUUUCCUAGUCUUCACAUAGAACGAGUUCUCAUUUAAAGAGUAAACCUACACCUUGAUGGCGCCACUUAAGGCUACAAUAAGGCAUAUUUAAUUUAAGUAUUCCUCCAUUUGGAUAAUGCAUUCCAAGUAAAAACUAAUGUAUGUCUUCCCCUGGCAUCUAAUUUUGUAUGUUAUUUAUUUGGUCACGUGUAAUAGCAUUCACUGACCUGGAGUAUAAAGUUGCAAUUUCAGUAAAAACAAGGCCUUAUUUUUUUUUUUAAUGCGUUACAAAGGAUAGGGUGACUUAUCUUCCUGAAUGGGCUUAGUCCAAUAAAGUUUUACUUAUACUUUUAUGGUUACAUAAUUUCAAACCAGGUGUGCAUUUAACCAAACUUUUGCCAAAAAGAAGAAAUGGGAACUAUAAGAUGCAAGAGUUUACUAAUUCAAUGGUCAUUGAACUAGAUGAAGAAGUUAGUCUUUACUAUCUUAUACGGAUAACCAUCCUGUAUAUGAAAACUCAGUUAAAACUCCAUUGAGGUUUUAAAAUAUGUAUCUAGUAUUUGGAUGCUGCAACAUUACUUGGUUUUCUCUCUACAACAAGGUUUGAACAAGAGUUAUUACCAUCUUUAGGCAGACCCAAAUUCUGUACACACAUAUAACUAUGUCAUUGUUGUGCUGGUAGCAUAAAGCAGAAUUAACAGGAACAGUAUCAUGACACAGGACUUCUUAAAAAUACAUACUUAAACCCUAUUAAACUAUGUAAAACACAGCACCCCCGGCACAAUCUUAAAAGGUUACUUUAAAAGCCUUCUGAAAAGAAAGGCUUUAGCCUGCUGCCAGAAGGAUAGCAGGGAGGGGGCCAUUCUGGCUUCCCUGAGAAGUAGGGAGUUCCAGAGUCCAGGAGCAGCCACUGAGAAGGAAGACCCAUUCUCGUUCCCACCAACCGAGCUUGAAAUGAAACAUCUCGGAACCCAGGCAGUUUCAUACCAGGAGAUACUAUCUGUCAAAUAGUCAAGACCUGGCAAUGUAUAGGGCUAUACUGGUCAUAACCAUCACUUUAAAUUGUGUCCGAAAACAAUCUGGCAGCCAGUUUGUAUCAUGGGAAACUGAGGAAGAAUAGAAUAGUCCCUUGAGUCCCUUUGGGUUUCAGGGUAUAUGGCUAUGCCAUUGAGCUACUAAAACGGGAGACAAAGGGCCUUGCCAAAGAAUUGGGGCAGACACUCUAGGAAUGUCAGCACUUCAGGUAAUUGUCUUGCAUGUCCUUUCAUUUUUCCCAUAUUAGGAUAUAUUAUACCAGAGAUAUUUAUAAAGGUUUAUGAAGUGUUUGUUUGCUAUACAUCAGAAUGCAUGGAACCAGACACUUAACUAAGCUGCCUGUGCUCUUUUUGUAUGUUAACUAACCUUUGUUGUAAAAUCAGCCUUUGGGGCCAUACAUUACAGCUCCUACAUAAAUCUUAACUAUACCUAGCAUUUCAGUCUCUUCAUCGCUUGAGGGCGUGAUGCAAGUAGAAUUUAAGUACUUGGAAUGAAGUAAAUUGGUUGGGCAAGUUCUUGGAAAACUAGCAGACUUAUAUCACAUGGAGCAUAGAUUCUAACUCAAAAGUUUAUUGAUAUGAUUCAAAAAGCUACGAAUUUGAAGAGGGAACAAAGUUUCUGUAGAAAUCAUAUUACAAUAUUAAAGCAUUGUCUCUGUUCAUGUUUCUUUUUACAUGUAGAAAAACAUUAAUUGCUUUAAUUUUGAUAUUUCAAAAGAAGUUGUUAGGAAAAUGGUAAAAUAAUAUUUGAAUGUAAACCAGUCCAAGGUAGUUCUUUGCAGUCUUUUUGUCAAAAAAGGUAAAAUCCAGAAUGAACAAGUAAUCCGUCCCAUGUUUUUCAAUCACGACUAUUUGCCUUUAUGUUCUAGCUUUACUGCACUGGCUUCAUGAUGCUCAGGCCUUUCUUUUUUGAGAUAAUUCUUAAAUCCUCAGGAAAGGUUAUUUUUUCUAACAUGUAUGACAACCUGCCAAGAGUUCAUUUUCACCAAAUGCCCUUGAAAUAAAUAAACGUCAAGAGCAUUACAUUUAGGACUACAUCGGAAAGGUUUAGUGGAUUGCAUUCUUGCUCAUAACACCUAACUGAACACAGUGAAUCCAAACAACUCUUUUGUGUUCAACACAAUUUCUUUAUCCAUUCAGUAACAAUAGAAACAUGACCAUUAGUGUAACCCCAGAAUAACGACAUAACUCUAAAAUGUAUCCAAAGCAAAAUAGGGAGCAACACAAAUACAAACUAAUACGAAACAGCAGUCAAAUAGAGUUGCUGUAAGUCUUUUGGGCUGUAUGGCCAUGUUCCAGAAGUAUUCUCUCAUGAUGUUUCCCCCACAUCUAUGCCAGGCAUCCUCAGAGGUUGUGAGGUAUAAUGGUCGAACAUCUUAAAUGAAAAUCGGAUUUGGAUUUUCUUAUAGAUUACUUACAAAUUUCUUACUCCAAAUCCUUUCUUGCUUUAUAUCAAUGAUACACAUGGUUGCUUGUGUAAUGGCUUUCAGAUUAAUGCCAAAGUUUCUACUGCUGACAAAUUCUAGCAGUUUUUCUUGGAAACGUGAUGCACAGAGUGUGCGCACCUUGUGUUACAGUCACUGAAUUUGCCAAAUAUGAGUAUGCAGUCCUAAUUAGUUUCCAAGAAUCAGUAUGCCUGCAAACCUGGGAAAGCUAUCUUCAUAUUAUCAGUUUCUUGUCAGGAGUAACUGUUAGCAUAAAACACCUUUUCCUGUUCUUGGGAUACAGUGUUCCCUCACUUAUUGUGGGGGUUAGGUUCCAGGACCACCCGCAAUAAGUGAAAAUCCGCAAAGUAGGGACGCUAUAUAUUUAUACAUUAUUUUAGUAGUUAUACACUGUGUUAAUAAAUCACCUCCUUCUCCUCCCGUUGCCGCUUGGGCUCCUUUUCUCUCCCUUCGGCUUCUCCUUCCUCCCUUCCUUAGGCUGUAAAUUGUAAUUUUUUAUGAUUUAUAAUAUUAUUUUAGAGUUCAUUGAAAAACAGCAAAUUCGCAAAAAGUGAACCGCAAAGUAGUGAGGGAACACUGUAUUGUUUUCAGAGUACAACAACAUCUAAGUUGGUCAUGACUGUCAACUUAUUGCAUGAUUUUGUUUCAAAUAAGAGACCAAACUACUCUCAACAUAUAUGGUUAUCCCUUUUUAAUAAUGUUCAGUCAUUUUUACUGUAACUUAGCACUCAGUAUUGUUCUUUGUAACUUAACAUUCAUUUCAUACAGAUUGUGCAUCAACCCCACAUUUGUUCAGAGACUCACAGCAACUGUUAGAACUGAUAGCUAAAGGCAUCUGCAUAAUAAUGACAUCUUUUCAUUUGCUUUAUUUGGUUACAUGCUGUGCUGUAGCUGUUAGUUCUAGCAACUGUUGCAGUAAUCAUAGAUCCCUCAGCAUGUAAGUGGUUAAUUCAUAGAUGGCCGAUUGAACAAGAGGCUUCAUGUUUCUAGUUCUAGAGUCAUCUUUUCCAAUACAAACCAAGUCUUCUAGUCAACUUUUGAUGAACUUGUUCCUGGUUCAACACAUGCUCAUAUUGUAGUUCAAACUGCUGAGAUUUCCAUAUAGUUAAAGUAAUACACAGUAAAGUCACCACUUCAGAAAUCAAUACUAUUCAUUGUUUGCCUUGAAAAGAAGAAAUCAAUUUAUUCUGUACAAUAAUGCAAUUAUUUGCUUUAAAUUAUAGCAUGAGAAUUUUUAGAACUGCAAUAGCGGUUGAGCUCAUCAAGUUCUUUCCAUAUUGCAACCAAGGAGCAUCAUUUGUAUCUGAAAACUGAAGAAAAAAACAUUGGUGUCUGGAACACUAGAGGUUGACUGGUUUUCUUCAGUGUUUUUUUCCCUCUUCUCUGCAUGAAUGUAAGUUUUGCUUUUUGUUGAACAUUAGAGGUCUUGUGUUUUCGGACCUUUUUAUAAAUUUGUGGAAUAAACAGUUAUGAAGCUGG